ACAGCUUUACGUUUGUACACCUUUCUCCCUUCAUUUUCGCGUCCCUUACGCCCCUCAUAAUCUUUUGCAAUACCCAUGGCCACGUCCAAGGCGAUCGGUAUCGAUCUCGGUACCACUUACUCCUGCGUCGGCGUCUGGCAGAAUGAUCGUGUUGAGAUCAUUGCCAACGACCAGGGCAACCGUACAACCCCUUCAUAUGUCUCCUUCUCCGAUACGGAGCGUCUGAUUGGUGAUGCCGCUAAGAACCAAGUCGCGAUGAACCCCCACAACACCGUUUUCGAUGCGAAGCGUCUUAUCGGCCGCAAGUUCAGCGAUCAAGAAGUGCAAGCCGAUAUCAAGCAUUUCCCCUUCACCGUCUUCGACAAGGGUGGCAAGCCCUACAUCCGCGUGACCUAUCGUGGCGAAGAGAAAGAAUUCUCGCCCGAGGAGAUAUCUUCCAUGGUUCUCCUGAAGAUGAAGGAGACCGCUGAGUCGUACCUUGGCACGACCGUCACUAAUGCCGUGAUUACUGUUCCUGCGUACUUCAACGACUCUCAGCGUCAGGCGACAAAGGAUGCGGGUGUCAUUUCGGGUAUGAACGUCCUCCGCAUCAUCAACGAGCCGACUGCUGCAGCCAUUGCUUACGGUCUCGACAAGAAGACGACCGGUGAGAAAAACGUUCUUAUCUUCGAUCUUGGUGGAGGUACCUUCGAUGUGUCGCUCUUGACCAUUGAGGAGGGCAUCUUCGAGGUCAAGGCUACCGCCGGUGACACUCAUCUUGGUGGUGAGGACUUCGACAACCGUCUCGUCAACCACUUCGUCCAGGAGUUCAAGCGCAAGCACAAAAAAGAUCUCUCAUCGAAUCCCCGUGCUCUCCGUCGUCUCCGUACCGCUUGUGAGCGUGCCAAGCGUACCCUUUCUUCUGCUACGCAGACUACGAUCGAGAUCGACUCGCUAUUCGAGGGUAUCGACUUCUACACGUCACUUACCCGUGCACGGUUCGAAGAGUUGUGCCAGGACCUCUUCCGCAGCACGCUCGAGCCCGUUGAGAAGGUCCUCCGUGACUCGAAAAUCGACAAGGGCAACGUCCACGAGAUCGUCCUUGUCGGUGGUUCGACUCGUAUUCCCCGUAUCGUCAAGCUCGUGUCCGACUUCUUCAACGGAAAGGAGCCCAACAAGAGCAUCAACCCCGACGAGGCUGUCGCAUACGGUGCCGCCGUGCAGGCUGCUAUCCUCACCGGUGACACAUCGGAGAAGACUCAGGAUCUUCUGCUGCUCGAUGUCGCGCCGCUUUCGCUGGGUAUCGAAACUGCUGGUGGUGUUAUGACCGCUCUCAUCAAGCGUAACACGACUGUCCCCACCAAGAAGUCUGAGAUCUUCUCGACGUACUCGGACAAUCAGCCCGGCGUGCUCAUCCAGGUCUACGAGGGUGAGCGUGCGCGCACCAAGGACAACAACUUGCUUGGCAAGUUCGAGCUUUCCGGCAUUCCGCCAGCGCCCCGUGGUGUGCCUCAGAUCGAGGUCACCUUCGAUAUCGACGCGAACGGUAUCCUUAAUGUCUCUGCCGCUGACAAGACGACUGGCAAGUCGAACCGCAUCACAAUCACAAACGACAAGGGCCGUUUGUCGAAGGAGGAGAUUGAGCGCAUGGUUUCCGAGGCCGAGAAGUACAAGGCGGAGGAUGAAGCAGCCGCUGCGCGUAUCACAUCAAAGAAUGCUCUCGAAUCGUACGCGUACAACCUCCGGAACUCGCUCUCGGACGAGAAACUUGCAGGCAAAUUUGACCCUGCGGACAAGACCAAGCUCGAGACUGCAGUGAAUGAGACGAUCUCAUGGUUGGAUGCGUCGCAAGAAGCUUCGAAGGAGGAGUAUGAGGACCGACAGAAGGAGCUGGAGGCGGUUGCCAACCCCAUCAUGCAGAAGCUCUAUUCCGCGGGUGGUGGUGGUGCGCCAGGCGGCUUCCCUAGUGGUGGUGCGCCAGGCGGUUUCCCAGGCGGUGCGUCUGCAGGCGGGGAGGAGGGCCCGAGCGUCGAGGAAGUCGACUAGUGGGUUUGCGUAUGAUUGUUGAUCGUUCAUGAUCGCGGUGG